GUCGAGCUGCACGCGCAGAGACGCGCGCUACCCGAGCGGCUCCCGAGCGGCUCCCGAGCGGCUCCCGAGCGGCUCCCGAGCGGCUCCCGAGCGGCUCCCUUUGGACCGAGAGCCUCGACUCGAGACGAUGGCGCGAAGCAGCAGCAGCAGCAGCCGCCGCCUCCUCCUCCUGUCCCUGGUGAUCGCGCUCGUCUCCUGGUCCACGGAUGCGCAGUCAGCCGGCUUCGUGAGAUCCCCGCUGUCCCAGUCGCUGCUGCUAGGGGAGACCACGACCCUGCACUGCGAGGUGGUUGGAGUCCCGACCCCAGAGGUUCAGUGGUGGUUCGCCCCGGCCCAGCGGGACAUGAUCAAUGAAGACGAUGAUGGUGGUGGUGGUGGUGGUGAUGAUGAUGAAGAUGUUGACAACGAUGAAGAUGACGGCGAUGUCGAUGAAUCUGAUGACGAUGAUGAUGUUGAUGGAGAAAAAGCUCUCGGAACAAGAGAAGCCACCACGGUGACCCAGCAAGAAGAUAUUGCGUCAUCAUCUUCAGCGUCGUCAUCUUCAGCGUCGUCAUCUUCAGCGUCGUCGUCGCUGCCGCUCGUCCCCUGGCUCUCCGUGACGGACAUCGACCGCGACCCCAGCGAGUUGGGCCCACCGGGGCUUGCGGACCUUCGGGGGGCUGCUGGUGGUCGCCGCCGCCCUGGGCAACGCCACCACGGCCGGAUCUUCUCGCAGCUGUGGGACGGAGACCGCGGGGGCCUCGUGUCGCUGGUGACCGCGUACGGUCCCCGCGGCGCGCAGAGCGGCCUCACCCUGCGGGGGCUUGCGCAUCGCCACGCGGGCACCUACGAGUGCCGCGCCAGCAACGCGCCCAGGAGGAACCACCCGCGCAGGGCCGGGAUGGGGGCCCGCGGCAGAGAGCCCCUCCCUGUCCCGAGAUGGGUGCGAGCUCAGGCGGCCAUCGGCGUCAUCGCCCACCCGGAGAUCAGGACGUCCCCCGCGGUGCAGCUGUCGGGGUCCGGCCGCGAUCGACGUCCCGUGAGCCUGCGCUGCGAGCUGUCCGCGGCCGCGGGGCUCCACGUGCUGGGCCACGCGUGGCUCAAGGACGGGAAGGCCCUGCCGGGCAGCGAGGACGACUCUGCCAGCCUCACCACCACCUACAGCAUCGAGGUGACGGACUACAGUGCCUCGGGCCUCUACACGUGCGCCUUCCACACCGAGCCGCCCGUCAACAGCUCCAUCGCCGUCAAUGCGCCGUUGGUGGUGGAGGCGCCCCACGCAUCGGAGAGCGCGGACGAGGGGGGCUCGGUGUCCCUGCGCUGUGACGCACGCACCUACCCACCCCCCGCCGCGUGGACCUGGCACCGCCAGCAGCACGACGGCACCAUGCAGGUGAUCGGCUCUGUGCGGGACGGGGAGGAGGUUGGUGAGGACUCGGGCACGGGAGACGCGGAGGCGGGCCGCGCCGUGGUGGUGGUGUUGAAUGGGGGGCGCCGCUCGGAGCUUCGCCUGGGCCCCCCACUCGUGUCGAGCCGGGACUCGGGGCUCUACGUGUGCAACGCGAGCGUGGCCGCGCGGCUCGCUACCGGUGCGGCGGAGGUGGAGGAGGGGGGGGUCGCGGAUGAGGGCCCCGCGUGGGGGUCCGGGCAGGUGUCGCUGCGCGUCAGGGCCCACCUGGCCGCGCUGUGGCCCUUCCUGGGCAUCGUGGGCGAAGUGGUGCUGCUGACGGGCGCCAUCCUGGUGUACGAGCGCAGGCAGGUGGCCAGGAAGAGGCUCGCCAACGGGGCCGAUGAUGACCCCGUGGCACCGCGAGUUCCCCAGGCGCUUACCGUGGUGAUCAAAAACCUCGACGCUGACGAAAUGAAAAGCGGCGCUGACGCCAGGCACGACUCGGCACUGAGACAGCGCGCCACGCAGUGAUGGGCGGUUCCUCUCGUCUCGUUCCAGUCCCCGUCGUUCCGUUCCAGCCCCGCGACGAGGAGGCGCGACCGCGACAGCAGGCGCAGCCUCGAACUCACAGUCGCAUCAAAACAAAUAUAGACCAAUAAUCACAACAACAACAGCAGCAAUUAACGGUUAAGUAUGCGCGUGUGGAAACUGGGUCACGUGGCGUGAGCAGGCUCGUCGCACGAGGGGACGAUCAGCGGGCCCGCACCGAACGCCGCGAACCGGCCAAGCGCAAGCUUCGGUGAAACCCGAGUCCUCGAUUCCUUUACUAAAUCGUAAUUGACAAGGUGAUUUAGCGCUAUUUAAUUAAUUAGGGGCCGUCAUUCCCUCCGAGUGUGAAUUGCGACUGGAACUUGCCCCUCUCCCUCGGAUUCGAGCCAACCGGGCCCCACCGCGUGCCCGAGACGCGCAACGUAGAGGCCGCCUCUCAUCGAAACUCCACGUGGCGACGCGUCGCGUUCAUUGGCUUGCGUUGAAUUCCGACCAAUCACCCCCCACCCAUCCCUACCCACCGACCCUUACCCACCGACCCCUACCCACCGACCCCUACCCACCGACCCCUACCCACCCACUCAUACCAAUCAAUUCCCCCCCCAACUCCUCCUCUACCACCACCACGUCCCGCAAACUCACGCAGUUCGGUGCCGUGAUCAGCCGCUGUUUGUGAUGCGGGCCCGACACCCGACACACGCGCGGCUCUUCCCAAAUGAGACGCAAAGUGACUUUCACUUGCGCGCCAGUGACGUAGCCGUAUCGACGCUCGUGUCAAGAUGAAAUGCGACCGCGUGCUCGUGCAGACGACGCACAAAGACAACGAUCCGUCCCAGGUAGACUUUGACAGGGCAAGUGCUAUGAGUGAGUAGCACCUAUAAAGGCACGGCGCGGCACAAGAGGAGGUCUUUGGUCAGCACUACGCCCCGCCGGCUUUGUCUCCUCAGUGCUGAUAUUUACACACCGCACCAGGUACUCAUUGAAGGCUGAGGCGACCUAGGAGUGGCCCGGGACCGGUUCGAAUAUUCGGCACUGGCGAAGUGAGCUCGGGUCGGAAUGCAGUGCACUCAUCGCUGCGCCACCGCUUCCGUGCAACAACAACAACAACAACCGCCAUUCACGGUUGUAUUGCUUGUGCCAGGCUAGGUGCACCUUGAGGCCGUCACGUGAAAUGUCGAAGGCUCGUUGGUGGAGGUCACGGGACAGGCCCAGGUGUUAUGGGUUGACUGACUGAGGUGUAUGUAUGUUGAACUUCUUUUGCACCGUACGUAGUCAACCGCGCUAGCAAACUGAACACAAAACGCAGUUCGAAAGAAAAAAGUUUUCAAUCUAGAUAAUGAUUUAAAAGUGCAUAGCUCCGGUGGUUUCCUAAUAUCGGAAGGAAGAGCGUUCCAGACGGCCACAAAAGCGCAUCCGAAAGCGCGCGAUGCGGUGACCGCCUUUGUUCGAUGGCUGAGCCAAAAGCCGCUAUUAGGAUGAGCGGAGUUCGCGUGGUGAUGGUUUAUGCUCCUUAACGAGAUCUGCAAGGCAUUGUGGUUCGUUAGUGGCAAGCACUUUGUGUGUAAUGAGUGCGACCUUCAAAUGUACUCGUUCAGAGAUGGCUGGCAGAUGCACCACCUGUGAUCCCUACUGUGCCAGCUCGCUGACUGUUUACCGCCCAGCGCUCGGCUCGUUGUUGUGAGCGUCGCUCCUCCGCCCUCCGCUGCUGGAGGGCGACUGCCUCCAACUGCCCAGUAGCAGCAGCGUCCUUCACGAACCUCCUCGACCGCAGAGGCCGAUCGUGACACCGCUGGUAUCGGUCAUCGGCAAGCCCACUCGGCUCCACAUCCUCCUGUACCACAUCACUCCAUCUCUUCUCUAGCCCGUGCCGCGCCCGUUUAGCCCCCUCAUACAUACACACAAACAUUCACACACAAACAUUCACACACAAACACAGAUGCACAUUCACACACAGCAAAGACAAACAUCCCCUGUGCAGCCUUUCCAGAUACAAAGACACGGACACAACAACACUUCGCAACUCCGAUUAGCACGGUUGGCUACGUACGGUGCGAAAGAAGUUCAACAAUCAGUACAUGCAACGCAGAUACACUCGCAGAGAUACAGAUGCGCACAAACGCACUUUGACACAUGCAGAUACAAAGACACACACACUGGCAUCUGCUGUUACGCGAUGAUGAUGAUGUUGUUGUGAUGUAGAGCUUGAUUAACCCACUGUCAUCCACUCCCCCCCCAAAAAAAAUCUAUUUUAAUAAUUGUUUGAAAGUGGGGGGAGGGUGGAGGGUCAAUUGCCCCGCCUGCCCCCCACUCCCCCCCCCCGCCCCCUCCUGCAUCGUUACAUUAACCCAGAGCACGGGGCACUUAACGAUUCACGAUCCCUCUCCCUCCCACAGCCCUCUCCCCCCACCCUGACCCCCCCCCCCCACCCAUUAUUUGACUGUGGCUGGCUCUGUCUCUUGUUCUGUCUCGCUUGACUUUGUCUGAACUCACGAGACAGACAAUACAGACGGGACGGUUACCGUUCGAAAAAAAAUUGAUCGAUAAUUUAAUCGAAUCGUGUGCCUGAAUUGUUGCAAUUAAUCGAAUUGCAAUUUGGGGCCGCGAAAUUAAUUAUUAAUUUCCUUUUUCAAGUGUCGUGUAGUAACCGCAUAACGCUUCCUCCUCCUCUCUCGUUCUGCCUCCGUCUGCUCUCUUAAUUAGAACAAUAACAACAACAAUAACAACAACAAUAAUAAUAAAGUCACAAUAGAGACAGUG